GGCUCUCGGCUCCGAGCUGCUCUUCGACUCCCUGGGACACUUCGGCAGAUUUCAAGCAUGUGUUUAUUUUGCAACUGUCUUUCAAGCUAUGUCAUGUGGUAUCCAUUACUUAGCAUCUGUGUUCAUGGCUGUUACUCCUAAAUUUGUAUGUGGGACCCCUGGAAAUGUGAGUAGUAUUCUUUUCCACAACUCCUCCGUAUCAAGUAUAGAGGACAUCUGGACACUAUGGGCAUCAGCGGAAAAUUACAUUGUAGUCCAGCUGGAAAAUGGAGAAAUUUGGGAACUUGAUCAGUGCAGCAGGUCCAAACGAGAAGUCAGUUUGGAUCUGACAUAUGAAUAUGAAGGCAACAAGUCCGUAUUUUCUUGUUCUGAUGGAUUUCUCUAUGAUGAUACAAAGUGGAAGAGCACUGUUGUUACACAGUGGGAUCUGGUCUGUGACCGAGAAUGGCUUGCAAAAUUAAUCCAGCCUACAUUCAUGCUUGGAGUCUUGUUUGGAGCAGUGAUUUUUGGUGACAUUGCUGACAGACUGGGAAGACAGCGUGUUAUAUGGUUCACAAGUACUGGUCAGUUUGUAUUUGGCAUCGCAGUGGCCUUCACAUUCGACUACUACAGUUUUGUGAUUGUGCGCUUCCUCCUUGCUAUGGUUUCAAGUGGCUAUCUGGUUGUGGCUUUUGUUUAUGUGACUGAAUUUGUUGGCAUUAAAGCACGAACCUGGGCUUCUAUGCAUGUCCAUGCUUUUUUUGCUAUGGGAAUUAUGGUUGUGGCACUUGUGGGAUUUUUGGUUCGGACCUGGUGGGUCUAUCAGAUAUUUCUCUCCAUAGCAACUCUUCCCUUUAUCUUAUGCUGCUGGAUGCUCCCAGAAACACCUUUUUGGCUCCUGUCAAAGGAAAGAUAUGAAGAUGCACAAAAAGUAAUUAAUAUAAUGGCAAGAUGGAAUAAAGUAAGCACUCCCUGCAAAGUUUCUGAACUCUACUCUGUCCAACAAGAUGAUCUAGUGAGUGGCAGAAUGGGUGACAGUGACACAUCCUCAACAAAGAAGCACAACAUCUUAGACCUGUUUUGUAACUGGCACAUUGCAAGAAGGACCAUCACAGUCUGGCUGAUCUGGUUCACUGGAAGCUUGGGGUACUACGUCUUCUCCCUCAGUUCUGUCAGUCUAGGAGGCAAUGAAUAUUUAAAUCUCUUUCUCAUAGGUGCUGUGGAGUUGCCUUGCUAUGUCAUUGCUUGCAUUGGGAUGGACAAACUGGGAAGGAGAAACACACUCAUUCCGUUCCUUAUUUUAAGUGCACUGAUCUGUGUUUUAAUUAUGUUCAUACCUCAGGAUUUCAAUAUAUUAAUUAUCUUGGCAAAUAUGGCUGGAAAAUUUUCAAUAGGUGUGGCAUUUGGCCUCAUAUAUCUCUACACAGCAGAACUAUACCCAACAAUUGUAAGAUCACUUGCUGUUGGAAGUGGAAGCAUGAUGUGUCGUGUAGGAAGUGUGGUUGCUCCUUUCUGUGUAUAUCUGAGAAGUGUCUGGAUUUUCAUGCCACUUUUGCUUGUUGGGAUCAUGGCUCUUCUGAGUGGAAUAUUAACAAUAAUGCUUCCAGAAACACUGGGAAAACCAUUGACUAAUACUUUGGCAGAAGCUACAGAAAUUGGAAGAAACAAGACAAGCUGUUCAGAAAAGACUCCUCCAGCACAUAGUGGUGCACCAUUAGAAAAGAUAGAGAUGUUUGGUCAAGAAAACAGUCAGCACUGA